AUGCCGCAGUCCAACAAAGAUGCCGUCGUGACCCCGGAGGAGGAUGACGAGGUGACGUACGUCAAGACCGAAAGAUGUGACGAGGACGAGGACAAGAACCAUCUAGGUAGCAAGAGAAAACGCAAGGAGGACACUCCUAUCAAGAAAAGACUCCAGUCGGACCUAAUGGAGGAGCCGGCGCGGACCGCUCGAGCGGCGAGGAGAUUGAAUGUAGACGAGGACAAGGAGGACGACGAAGACGGCGAAGAGGAGGAGAAAGACACAGGAAGGGAAUCAGGGGUACGAUUGGAGUCCGAUAGUAGCGAGGUUAACCACGAUGAUGAGGGAAGCGACGAUGAAGGUGUCGCCAGGGACGGGGAUGAUGAUCUUGACGGAGAAGGUCAUGAACAUUUUCAUGAUACGCAGUCCACGACACAUGAACACGAAUCAUGGUCACAAUCUGGCGAAUUCAGUCCUUCUGAUGAUUCACAAGAAGGAGAUGAAAGCGCACAUGAAGCUUCGCAACAAAGUUCGAACGUGGAACAGCAGGAGGUUGAGCAUACAGAACAAGAUGAGCUCGCACAGAAGAUCAAGUCUGAUGCUCCGUUGGGAAUUGAGGUCAAACUCCCAAAGGACGAGAGCGUGGAUGAAGAACGAUUUGUCAGUCUCGAGGAUGAUCUCAAAUCAGUCAGGAAGGAAAACGAUGAACUGAAGCGAAGAGAAGUCGAACUGAUGGCAAGUGUCAAAGAUCUGAGCAGAAGAAACGAAGAGCUAUUGGAGAUCGUCGAGAGCGCCAAACAAGUCCUCUCGAGCAUUCUCCCUUCCUCCUGUGGCGAACCCUCCUACGGUGGCGAGACAUUUGAAGGACACACGAUUUAG